AUGUAAAUAUGUAAACAUAACAUACUAUUUAUUUAUUGUUAAGUUGAAUUGGUUUAUGAGGAUCAAGCAAACAAGGACUUAUGGAAAUAAGCAUUUUUAUAUUAUUAUUAACGAGGAUCCUGAGUGAAGUUAAAUGUUAUGCCUCUUGUGAUAAUUAGUGCAAACCCUUUAUAAGUUAUAAAAGAUAAUUUUAAUUUUAUUAAAUAAAAUAAGAUAAUAAUUUUAAUUAGUUAAAUUCUAAAUACUGUACAAAUUACUAUGGAUAUCUUGUAUUCAGUAAGAAGAAAGCAUAUUGCUUCCAAUAGGUCUAUGAAUGAUUUUGAUAGUCUACAUGAAGGGGUAUCACUUUGUUGCAUAUCAGUUAAAAAUAUUGUUGCAUUUUCUAUGCGAACUGAAUUGGAUGACACUUCUGGUAAAACUUAUGGAUCUCAUGUAUAUGUUGCUGAUUUGAAUACUCCUUGGCAUAGUUACAAGGUAACUUCUACAAAUGGCGCCGUUACAUCUCUUGAAUGGGAUUCCUGUGGUGAAAAACUACUUAUUGCCACUGAUGGAGGUUCUGUUACAAUAUGGUCCUCCAGAGACCAUGUUUUGAACUCAUGGAAUUACCUUGGUGGAACCACAUUUAACGGAGAAGCCAUUAUAUCGGCUGCUUUUUUUCAUCCUGGAAGAAAGAUAAGUAUAGUUGCUGAGAAAAAGGAUUCGCCAAUAUAUUCUGAAAAAAUGAACCAUAUUAAAUUCUCGCCUUCUGUUAGAUGUUUUGGUGGUUCAGGAGCUGAAGGAUGUCUGUUGAUAACAGGAACUGGAAUCGCUGGAGCCGUUGCACUUGAUCGUGAAGGAAGAAUUUUCACAAAAACUGAAAGUCUAGCUCUUACUCGGGCUGCCCUUUCUGUUGCUGAUAUUGCUCAUGGAAAGAAUGGUGAAUUUGUUGUUGCUGUUAGCAACAGUGAUGUAUGCCGAGUUCAGUGCUACAGGGUCUCUGUAAUUUUCCUCGAUGAGAGACUACAUAUCACAUCACAAGCUCUUCCAAGUUUCUUUCUUCACAGUUUUAAUUCUAAUAAGCAUCAUCCAUUUGGAAAAGUUAGCGGCUUAAAAUUCGUAACCCGGGAAGAUGCAGAUUCUCUUGUAGUAUCAGCUAAUACACAAAGUGGCGGGCUUGUUGAAGUAUGGCAGCUCACUGAAAGAGCUGUACCAAUUCAUAGGGUGUUCCAACCUGUUCAACCCCCAGCAGAAACAUUCAAGACUGUUGCAUGGCAAUAUGAAUGUAGUUACACAACUAGUCAUUCAGUAACUUGUGUGACGACAAAUAAAAUAGCAUUAACCACUGCUGCCCCACCACCAUCCUACGUUUUAGUAGCUACAUCAGACUCUAAUGUUCAUUGUCUUUACCGGGACAACCUUAAAUCAGUUGGAACCAGAUCUUUGGCAUGUGCCUGGUUUGAAGACACUGCUAAACAUCAGCGUCUUUGUACACAGAUAACACAUAUGGAUCUUACCUGGCUCGGAUGUGCGUUGGUUGUUGUUGAUUCGCAUGGUCAACUCUAUCUUUUCAAAGUUCCUCCAAUCUUAGAACCUGGUGUCAGUAUGACUGUGAAUGUGGCAAGUGCUCUUUUGGACUACUGUUUGGUAUCAGGCACUGACAGCUGGGAUGUUCUCGUUUCUCUACAGUCUUCUAUAGUUGAUGCGAUUGCAGACAGAAUAUCUGAUAAUUUCAAUAAGCAACCACAAGCUGUACAACAGUAUUAUUACACUGCACAUCUACAGAUGAGAAUGGCUUUAGCUCGAUUAACUGCUAAUGGCCAAGCCAAAGGUGCAGAAUUAAACUCACUACUAAUGCUCCAUGCUGUCUCAACUGCUUUCACUUCACUUCUUAGACCCUCUGACCUGUCGAGUCAUGAGAAGGGACCUGCAGAUAGUGUCGCAAGUCUGUUGAAUGAGAACCAGAAUUCUGAUAUUGAUAAAGUACUUAUUCAUUUGGAAUGCAAAGAGUUCACAAUGGAACCAAGCAACCUACAAUCGUUGCAACAAUUAAUACAGUGGACUGCCGAUUUAGCAUUAAACAUCCUUGCGAGAUUGCCAGAACAAUAUAAAUCUCCUGCUGGUGACUGCCUCAAGGAUGUGAAGGCAAUAAACACACUCCGAAGUUUAUUAGUCAUUAUUAGAGUGUGGGGUCUUCUACGACCAACUUGUCUUCCUAUGUUUGUGAAAUCAGCUGAGAAUCUCGAUGUUUUGUUGCUUCUCUUCAAAUUACUUUCGAAAUUAGCUCAAGGGCAUGAACCUGACGAAAAUCUUCUAGAUGAAUGUUGCCUACUUCCAAGCCAGGUUAUGAUCCCACAAGUUAAUCCUACAACAGCAAUAGUUUGCAUAGCGUCUCCUCUUCUUCCUUAUCAAACGUUUCCUAUACAGCUCGAGUAUGGAGUAGAACCAGACAGUUUAAUGUUUGAACCUGAGAACACACAGUUGGAAGGAUGCCUUGCUAAUGAUCAAAGUUUAGACACUAUAAGGCAUUUGUAUCUCGGAAAACAACCAUUUGUGGUGAAACAAUGUUGUCGUUGUGGUGGUAAAACUCAAGUGCAGCUAUCUACCCCAAGAACUGCCGCAAUUCGUGCUUGGGAUCAAAGGUGGUUACGGUCUUGUCGCUGUGGUGGUUCAUGGAGAAUUCAUAAAUAUGCUUAAAUAUGUAAAGUUAUUGAACUUGUUAUUUAUAUUUGUUGACAGAGUAUAUUGUUUUUAUUUUAAUAUACACUUUUGUAUGUAA